AUGUUCCUGCACUGGCCUCUCUCCUUCAUUCUGUACCUACGCACCUUCACAUGCAUUUCUUUCCCCAACAAGCAUGGCUUUAUAAGUACCCUGAACCAUGCCAGGGCACCACCUUCUCCUCACCACAAAGGAAAAAACAGAACAAGGGUUAUCUUUGCUCAAAUUGAAAUAAAAAUGCCUGCCCUCUCAAGUACCAUGACGUCAGGAAAAAUCGUCAAGUGGAACAAAGACAUUGGAGAGUAUGUAAAUCUCGGCGACAUCAUCAUGACAGUUGAAAGUGACAAAGCGGACAUGGACGUGGAGGCCUUCGACGAGGGAUUCCUCCGCGUGAAGCACAUGGGAGACGGAAGUGAAGCGAACGUCGGGGACACCCUUGGUAUUCUAACCACAGAGAAAGACGAACAAAUAAAAGUUGGCAGUGACGACUCCCUCAAGGGAGCCACCGAGGAGAACUCCCAAGGGGGACAGACAGAUCCUGUAGCGAAGGAAAAUACCAUCACACGGAAAGACAACACUGCAGAGGUGGUGAUGGACACCACGCAGCAACAAACAGAUGAGCAGAAAAUAUUCAUACCCUUCGUGAGUAGCAAGAGGAACAGAGCAAGAAUAAUUAAGUGGACUCGCAAAGAGAAUGAGUACAUUAACAAAGACGAAAUCCUGUUCCAUGUGGAAGACGAUAAAAGCACCAUUGAAGUGGAGAGUCCCUGUUACGGUGUCGUGAAGAAAAUUUUUAUUGAAGAAGGACAAUUGGCGGACCUUGACAAACCGGUCGCCAUCAUCUCCCCCAGGAAGGCAGAAGACCCCCCCAGGGACGUCCAACUCGUAAACGAAGAAAACAUUUUGAGGCACUACCAGGAAGCCAUCAGCGGUACCCGGGAAGGAAAACUUCUGUUGCAAAAUAUGAGCGACACCGAUAAAAGCACCAUGGAAGAGCGGCUCCUUCUAAACCACGACAAGUAUAACAACCUUUCGAGGGACUUCUUCAGUUCGAGCGGCGAUGAUACACCUGGGAAAGGCUCAACAGAUAAGAAGAGGGACAUGCCUCCCCCCAAAGGGAGAGACGCCCCAAUUGUGCUGCCCUCCGCAGCCGAGGUGAUGGAAAAGAACAAGCUAACCCCAGCGGACAUUAAAUCACCCAAGGUACCUGGACGUAUAACGUACGAAGACGUCGUUUCACACCUGGAACGCACAAGAGCACCUACCCCCGCCAAGGAAAAAAUAAUUGAAUUAACCAACGUCCAAAAGGCAAUAAAAAAUAACAUGAUGCGUACACUGUCCAUUCCAGUCUUCCGCAUCACCCAUUUUAUAAAAACAAAUGCUCUCCUGAAACUUUAUGAGCAAAUUAAGGACAAAAUUAAUAUGACUGUCCUCCUGUGCAAGUGUGUGUCCAAUGUGUUACUGAAGCAUCCCAUCAUUUACUCAACCUUCAUCGAUGAGGGAGAGGGGAAAAUAUUAUUUAACGAAGACGUUAACAUUGGAAAUGCCCUGGGAUUGAAGAACUCUCUCCUGACGCCCGUGCUCAAGCGGGUGAACAAGACGGACAUAUAUACCCUGGCCGGAGAAUGGAAGAAGCUAGUUGAGAAAGGCAAACAGGGCCUGCUGACGCCCGGUGAAAUGACAGGCAGCAACUUCUACAUCUCCAACCUAGGCAUGUUUAACACCUACCAGUUCGACGCGACACUGCCCCCAAAUGUGUCAUGCAUCCUGUCCGUCGGCACCAACAUUGGGAGCGUUGAGAACUUCGAAGACCUGAAAAUCCAGCGGGGCAUGAUGAUGACGCUGACCUGUGACCACCGCCACAUUUAUGGCUCGCAUGCGGCUGCAUUCAUGAGUGACUUGGCGACGUUUGUCGAGCAGGACAUCAUGCAAGUCUUUCUAUAA